AUGCCUCAACAAUUGCCGGCAACGAGCCUUCUGGCCUAUGCUGUCCUGAAGAGAGCCAUCCUGCAACGGUCAGUAACAUUGAUGCAGAAGGAUAAGGAAUACCUAAACAGGCAGAAUAUGGACCUUAAUGUAUGGUGUGCUUGUCAAGAAGACCGUCUGGAUAGAUUGCAGACCCAGCUCGAGGACAUCAAAAAGGCUACAAAAGAUGCCUAUGAAAAAUAUGUGGCAUUUAGAGAUCACUAUAAGACAGACUAUGAAAACAAACUGUCUGAUGAACUGUCGCGCAUUCGCCUUAAGACCAGUCUUGAGUUUGAAAGCCUGCAGAGGGCAUCUAAAAAGAUGUUUGAGAGAGAGAACAGAAAACUUUGUGAAACCCAAGAUAAUAUUGUCAUUGAAGACAAAGCUUUUAAUACAGAAAGAGAUGCCCAAGCCAAAUAUGAUCAACUCCUGGAGCAGCCCAGACUUCUGAGCAGCAAGCAUGACGAGACAUACGAGCAAUUGGAAAAGGAGCUAGAUGAUGUCACCAUGCAGGCUGCAGAAAUGGAAAAUGAAGAUGAAGCAGAGAGUUGGCUGUUUUCAUAUGAUUAUGGUGCAUAAAUUCCAACAACGGCCAAGAGAAGACUGAAGCAAAGUGUUUACUUGGCACAAAGUGUUCUGCAGCUGGAGAAACAGAACAUACUGCUCAGGAGAGACCUGGACAGACAGACAGCGCACAGCAGUCAAAUCUCUGAACAGGAACUGUCGGUAAUGAAGCAAGUCCUGAUCAGCAUGCAUUCACAGCACGGUGUUCUCAAGACAGAUGUAGAUAGUUCAUGGCAGAUAGUUCACAGACCCAGAUUUUUAAAAAGCACAACUGAGGAGCAAAACAACGAUGGACCAAAACCCCAUGUGUUUACCAAUAAAGAGGUUCCUGAGUGGUGCCGAAAACUCAAACGGAAAACCAAAUGA